AAGAAAUUGCAACUUUACUACGACCGGCGCACCGCUAAUUUCCGCUUCCUCUCUCCACCGCCACCCAAAAUCUGAAACCUCCGCCGCGACGGAAACCUAAUCGGCGAACUUGCUAGGCGCCACCGCAGGGAUGCCGGCUGGAACGAGCAUCCAUAUAACGGCCCUAGACGGCAUCGUGAACGUGAACUCCCUCUUCACGCUGGCCGUGUUCAUCGGCCUGGCGUGGAACCCGUGGGACCCGAACAACACGCUCAACGCGAAGCCGUCGUGCGCCCCUGGGGCCAACCACGCCCGCGACCUCGUCGCCUUCCACGUGUACUCCUUCAGCUCCUUCCUUUUCUCCAGCCUCAUCGCCCUCGCCCUGAAGCAGGCGAUCCGGAUCUUCCGGUCCCCGACCUACCACCCCUUCGAGUUCCUCGUCCGGGUCGACCGGCAGGCUCUCCGGCUCGGAAUGCUGAUAUCCAGUGCUGGAUCGGUUUCUGGGUGCAUCUUCCUGAUGCUGGCGCUGGUCAAUGUGGUUCAGAUCAAGCUCGGGACUUUGACCUGCGGGAGCGGACACAGCAUCGCAGCUGUCGUGCCGCUCGUGAUUCUGGUCCCUGUUGCUCUCCUCAUAUACAGCUCUUUUGUUCUGUAUGCAUUCAUGCGUUAGUUCUGUCGACUUGAGAGCUACUGAGGAAUUUAUGUAACUAUAGAGUGUAAUAUCACUUGAUUUCACGUGUUAGUUUCCUCAUCUCAAAAGCUACUGAGUGUAAUAUCACUUGAAAUCGCAUCUGUGGAGGCUCAAUUUGCAAUGAACGGGAGAAAUAUCAUUGUUAUGUCAAUAGUGUUUAACUGUUAUUUCCUUGCAACGAAUUGUUUGUCUUGUUUCUCA